GCACUUUGAUGUAUGAUUGGCUGCCGUUCCUCGACGGCGGGUCCCUCCCGCCCAAGGAUAGGCGCAUGCGCGCGUUGUGCCGCACGGUAGCGGAGGCGGAGGGACGAGGGUCCCGCUGCCGUCGGACGGCGCUGGGGGCUAUGGGCAGCGUGCGCUGGGCCUUCCCUUGCGCCGCCUGGCGCCCCUGCCGCCAGGAGUGGCUGCUGGCGGCGCGGCUGGUGCAGCCCGAGGAGAAGGACCGCGUCGGCCAGUUUGUCUUUGCCCGCGAUGCCAAAGCCGCCUUGGCUGGUCGCCUGCUGAUGCGGAAAUUAAUUGCAGAAAAGUUGUGCAUACCUUGGAAUGAAAUAAACUUGCAAAGGACAUCAAAAGGAAAACCUUUCCUGGCAAAUAACAUAUUCAGUAUCUAUUCGAAUUACAACUUCAACGUCUCUCAUCAAGGAGAUUAUGCAGUUCUUGCAGCUGAGCCUGAGCUUCAAGUUGGCAUUGAUAUUAUGAAGACUAAUUUACCAGGUAGUAGCUCAAUUCCAAAUUUCUUUCACAUCAUGAAGCGGCAGUUUACUGAAACAGAGUGGGAUGUAAUCAAGUCUAUGAGUAAUGAAUGGAUGCAGCUGGAUAUGUUUCAUCGGCACUGGGCCUUAAAGGAAAGCUUCUUAAAGGCUAUUGGAGUCGGAAUUGGCUUUAACUUGCAAAGAAUUGAAUUUAAUGUGUCCCCAUUGCAACUGGAAAUAGGGAAGGUGUAUAAGGAGACAAAAAUGCUUCUGGAUGGAGAUAAAGAAGAAGAGUGGACAUUUGAGGAAACUCGGUUAGAUGACCAUCAUCAUGUUGCAGUGGCUCUCGGCAAACAGGAGGGAUUUGGACAGAAGCAUUCUGAUGUAUGUUCCAUGGAGCCUAACCAACCACAGUUUAUAGUAUUGACUUUUGAAGAUUUAGUUGCAUCUGGUAUUCCAGUCACACCUGAGGAUUCUGCAUAUUGGGAUAAUUUUUGUUCUAAGCAGGAGAGUCCAGUGAAACAGAAUUCACAUUCAAGAUCAGAAUGCUUAUAAGAAAAAGAAAAUUGUCAAAGUUUUUAUGCUGGUACUCUACAUAAUUCAGCGUGUGGGAAUAAGUGCACAUGUGUAAAUAAAACAUGCCUGUCCUUAUUUAAACUAACAGUAUGAUUUUCACCUUUUUAAAAUUGACAUUCUUUAUCAAUAUCUUAAGGAAGAUGCGUGUUUCCUCGCUGAAGGAAUUCUGAGUGAAAAGUCUAAGCUGGCUGCAUGCUUUUUUGCUUUUCCAUGCCUGUGGUUCUUACACUUCAGUAAUGACCCAUGCUAGGAACAGGGAGCAGAGCUACGAUAAUGUUGUCAAUUAGUCAACAAGUGUUUAAUAUAUAAAAAUGUGUUUCAAUACUUCAUUUAUGCUGAAGCUUAAAUUAUGAUGCUGCCUUUUCUCUUACAAAAAUAAUAGGUUUACUCUCAGGUGGCUGAAUAAAGCCAGAAGAAUUGGUACAAAUCUUUUUGCUGUUGCUGUAUGGUGCAAGUGUUUGUACAACACUUUGUGUAAUAGCAGGCCGAAGAAGUCUGAAUCUUGGUAUCCUGGAACUACAUCUGUGCAAAACUAGUUUGAGGCAGGGAAUUAUAAGUAUUUCAUAUCCUUUUCACUUACAAUCUUUGUUAAUUAAAGCUUCCUGUAUGUAACUUAGGAAUUAAUUUUUAACAGUUCUUUUUGUAUUUUUUCCCCUCAGCAACAGAUAUGAGCCAAACAGCAGUUCAGUUUUCCUAGACUUGCAUUUACAUCUGUACUGUCCUAGACGCUAAGUCAUGGGGGGGGGGCGACAAACAAAAAAACCCUAUUUACAUUUUUCCAAAUAGGCUUGUAACAUCUGAAGACAGGAUAUUUUAUUGUCUUACAGUGAAUUAAAAUUUCUGGAGAUCUGUAGAUCUUGAGUACACCUUUAGAGUAUUUGUAUUCUUUUUCAAAACAAAUCCUAUUUUGUGCCAUUACCUCUCACUUUUUCUAGAAGUCAUAGAUCUGUUAUGGUCCAUCUAAAUGUAAGGAUAUGUACUGAACAGAAUGAGUCAUACUGAAUGGAAUGAUUUUCACAACUAAAAAGAGUUCAUUUCUGUCCUACAGUUAAACAUAGAUCUUCAGUGACUUCAGGUUUGCGUACAACUUGGCUGCACCCUGUAUUCUGACUAAAGGAGAAUCUACGUGUAGUGUAACCAUUGAAACCAUGCCUUAUUACAAAGAUAAAGAAAAGGUUUAGAGAGAGAAGGAUAUGAGUUCCACAAUAUCAUACAAGCUUUUGGAAUUUUGUUGCAGAUAAUUCUGAAUUCAAAUAUGCUGUUAAACUUUCCUACUUCUGCCAGUUCUGAUUAAUAUUUUCGUUUCCAUUUCAGUGACUCUCUCAUCUUGCAUGCUAAUCAUAGUUUUUGGUGUUUUGCUUUUUUCCUCCAAAACUGCAAAUCAGUGAAGCAGCAACUCUUCUCUCCAGACUCCACAGGGGUUAAAUUAGAUGUUCAGUAACUUCAAAGCUGAAGUUAACAGAAAUACAGAGUAAUUUAUAUACAAAUUGUAAGUCAAGUAUUCCAGACUGUUUUUUUUAAAUGAAAUACAACUUGAGAGAAAUAGUUGGCACUCCAUGGAGGCCAGAAAAGGCUAUUCAGUGGGUAUGUAAUUCUAACACUUACUGGUGUAGGAUAUUUUUAACUGAUUCAGUUGACUCUGUCUUAUUCUGUUCUACCUGAAGUGUACUGUAAUCCCAGAUGGGCAAGCACAUGAAGGUGCUUAAGAGCUGAGAUAAACUAGAAGCAUUGCCAAGCUGAAAGAAAGGACUUGUUCUGCCACAGGUUUAGGAAGUCUGCCGAAUAAGGAGGCUUGUUCAGAGUAUGAGAGGCUGGAGAGUGCUGAGCUCCAUGGCUGGCUGGCUGGCUGUUAAGUGGUACAGUACAUGCCAAUCCUCACCAGUCACUGAGGACCCCAUCAAUUGCAGCUGUACCAGCCAGUUAAAAUUGCCAACUUUUUUGCUGGGACAAUUAAAUGAACUGCAAAUAUGGAGUGAGAUGAAUAGGAGAUUUUCAGAUCUGGGGAUAUUUCUGGGUAUAAAGGAAUUCAUUUCAUAUUAGAGAUUAGUUAUUUUUGCCUAGUGACAGUGUCUCAAAACCGAAUUUUUCUCUCAUUGGAAAGAGUUUAAAAAGUUUUACUGAAAUUAUUUAUAAUAAUGUUUUUGCAUAUAUGUAGAGGACAAACCAAUUCUGUUAAAUUAGAAAAUUACACUUGGUUUGCUUGCCAGGAAUAUGAUAAUUUUCAGGUCUGUAUCUAAUUAGAAAGGUUAGAAAAACAAAGGAGUUUGUUUUGGUUAGCUUUCCAUGAAAUAAAAGCAUAGAUUCUAACAGUCCAGACAGAAUCAUCUAGAAGAUUGCAGGUCCUCAUGUUAUGAUUUUUUCCAUGUCUUUGAUUUACACUGAGCUAUUUGGAAAAAAAAGGUUAAUCUUUUUUUUUUUUUUUUUUUUUAACCUUAGGUAGCAGUAAGGUUAGUUGAUGGUAGUGCCUUGUGAAGAGCCGCUUGAGUCAGGUGGUUUAGUGUCAGUGCAAACGGACAGAAGUUUUACACUUGGUUUUACCACUGUGGAAAAGAGCAGCUGCAUAGUUAUGGCUUUAUCAGCUAAAAGCAUGCUGCUAAAAGGCCAGCAAGACACUCUGACUCUUUAUGAAUGUGAAUGAUCCUUCUUAAAGUCAUCAGAAUUUUUUUAUGGGCAUCUGUGUACUGCAGAGGCAUGUAUUGAAAUAAAUGUUGCCAGUGUGUACAGAUGACUUAUGUAAUCUCACAGCUCUAAGAUAUUUUUUUAAUUAUUUCACACACUUUAUUUAUUUAUUAUACUUUCCCUUAUAUGAAAAACUGAGCCCUGUAUCCAUACAUGGCCAUAACACUGGCUUCCUUGCAUUUCCUCAGAAUACAGUCUUAAUGUCCAUAGUGUCACUGCUGUUUUUAGAAAUACUGGUCCAGCACAGCUCCAGCUUCCCUCACUAAUUGAUGUUGUUGGCCCAGUCCAGUGCAGAUGAGCUGAUCUUUGCUGGUCUCCCAUCACUCUUCUAUCUGCAACAAAUUUCCCAGUUACGUCUAGAAGCCCUCUGCCCUUCAGGUUCCUUCUCUAGAGCUCCAUUCCUUUAUCUGUUUUGUUUUCUAUAUACUGCCCUAGACAUGACCGUAUCACAUACCUGGAUUCUAAAGAGUAAGAAGCUGCAGAAGCACAAGCUCUGCUCCACGUGAGCCUUUCCCAGCAGGGGCUGUGACUAGGUAGUCUUUUUCCCUAUGGAACAGGAUUCACCAGCCUCCCUGUUACUCAAGUACAGAUUCAGAUCCUAGAUCAGAUCUGCUGCCCUAGACUGUGGAUCAACGUAGUGUUUCUGAGGAGUAGCUAUUAAUAGUCUGACCUAAAAAAUUUUUAAAAAGUUCCGGUCUUCAGUGAACAGAUUGUCAAAAGUGAAUAAAUGUGUCUUAGUUUGGAUAUAUUGUCAUGUUUAAACUUUUGUUUAUCUUGCAUAAAAAUUAUUAGAGUGGUUAGGAAUUUCAGAGGAUAAAAUUGUUCAAGACAAUUUGCAGCUGUGUGACAAGAGACUGGUGCCAUUUGAUGUGAAAAUCUGUAACUUUGAAAAGUGGAUCAUAGGAAUUCACUCUUAGCCUUUCACAAAGUCUGUAAACCUAUGCAAGAUAUAUAUCGUUACUAUAUUAUGGGAUCAAAUGCACUGAUGUUAAUCAAAUGUACUUAUCUUAGACAAGAAAUCAUAGAUGUAGCAGCAAAAGUAGUGUAAAUAUGGUUGUAAUCUAUAUGUUCUUGUAAACAUUCAGGCAGCAGCUGACUGCAAUAAAGCCAUGAUCUACAAAGAAAAUCCAGAUAGGAAGUAAAAGAUAGCUAUUCAAGUGAGCAUAGGCUGUCUCUUUGUUGGAGCUUUACAAGAUUAUAGUGCUACAUUCUACAAAGAUGCUAAGUGGUGCUUGGGCACAAUUGAUCCAACCAAGUCUAAAACAGUGAUUUAGAUUUUCCUCCUUAACUGCUGCCUAAUUCUGCAGGUGGCUGGACAUGCUAAUUUGCGCUUCAUGUUCCUCCAGAAUAUGGAUAUUUUGGAUUGCUCUACAUUAUGUAUAAAAUGUAAGCGUGAAAGUAAAUUCUGACUUCUUCUCAAAAGAGCCAACAUUUUAAAAGUUUGUUUUUUUUUUUUCAAAAAGUCACUUUUUGUAAAAUGUUAUCUUCUUGUGCUGUAUGUACAGUUUUUUGUGGCCAGAUACUAUGUAUGACUCCUAUUUCUGAUAAGAUUGAGUUUAAUUUCUUUCUUGAAAUAAAAAGUGGGUUAUUUUAUGUUUGUGCUCUGAUUUUGUGUUGUCUAUUUAUGGUUCUACCUUUCUCAGUUAUUUUUUUUAUCUCACUAUUAUUUAGAUCCAGACAUAGGUGGGAUUACUGAAACAGUUGCCUAACACUCCUUUGUUAUUUUUGAAACAAUUUCUGGGAACUCAGAGCUGUAUACCCUUAGUGACAUCCUUUAGAUGAAUCGUGAAACAAAGGUCUGGAUCAGCUGUCCACUCUCUGGCAUUUUUAUAAGACUAGGUGUGUUCAGGUCUGUCUUCCGUGACAAAGACACUCCCUGGUUUCUUCCUGCAAUUUUAAUUUAACAAUGUGCAACCUAGUUUCUUGACAUAACUAUGACAUAAUGUUUGUGUAUUCUAUGUUAGAGUGAGUGUCUCCUCAUUUGGUCUAAAUUGCAAUAGUGUGAGGUUUAAUGCUUGUAGGAAGAUAAUGUAUUUUCAAAUGCAAGGCUACACUGUUGUAUAGUGUUACUUACGUAAGGAAAUUUCUGACGAAUUUUUUUUGGAACUAUGUUGUAGAACAUGAAGGUUCUUUAUGUUGUAGUAGGAGCUUAUUCACACAGAAAAAGCAGUUUUGCUUGCACAAGGGUUUUCUUUAAAACCCUUGAAAAAUUGUUUUGGAUUUAUAAGGGAUGAAAACAGUAAGAAAAUGGGUUUUUCAGUUGAAAUGCAUCUUUGAUCGUCCAACAUCUAGAGGUACCUAGACACCUUUAUUUCUACUUUACAAAGCAGUGAAGAAGCACUAUCGUACUUCAAAGUGUUAGAGAAGCUGCCCAGCAUCCCGCCGUAUAAAGAUGUAUUCUUCAUAGCGCAAAUAGAAAAGUAUCUACAAUAAAUGUGUAUAAUCUGUUAGGAAACAGUUUGCAUCACUACUAACAACUGAAUAGUUGAAUUUGAAUACAUUUUAAAGCUGUUUUUUUAUGUUUUCAGUGGCUAUCAGCCCAACAAGAGAAGGAAUGGCUUGGGUUGGGGCAUGGUGUCUAGAUGUUGUCACAUCCAACUUGCUCUACGUAUAACUAAUGAAGUCUAAUUCUUCAAACUGAACUAGGUGGGAGCUUCUAAUGAUUAAAGGUUUUAUCCAGUGGCUAUUGCAAAACAUAUGAGCAGCCAUGGUAACAGGAUACAAAAUCCCAAACUUUUUAUUCUCCUGCCAAAGUCUUAUUCAAGUGCUAAUUUCAAACUUUCAUUUCUUGUUUCUUGGUUGCUAGGAAUCUUACUGAUUAGUAACCCUGCCUAUAUCAGCCUAUAACCUGCUGAUCAAAUUUGUUUCUGAAAAGGGGAUACAUUUUUCUUAUGCUGAGGAGGAUUCUGAAGGAGUUUCUACCCUUUAAUCAAAGUUUUAAUCCUCUGAAUAAAGAAUUUUAAGUCAUUGCUUUGCAGAUGUGUUCAAGGCAAGUGCACAUCUGCCACAAAAAAAAAGGUAUAGGUCCUACUGAAGGCAAGCUUUUUUUUUGAAGUUCCAAGCUUAGAAAUGCUGUGUGUUAAAUGUACUUAAAAGGUUUGCCAGACUGCUUGUCAGAUAUGUACUAGGGAUUUAGGGGUGCCUAUUGAACAUCUUGAGCAGGCUUAGGGCAGGAAGCAAACACCGAGGUUCCCAGCUAUAAGCAAGGUGUAAUGGCAGACCUGUAUGCAAUACCAGAGCUUGGAAGGACUGAUGGAGCUUUGGGAAAUGGUAACGUUCUCAUGAAUGGCAAAGCUAUAAAGGACUUGGGUGUGCUUUUCUUCAGGUUCAUAUUUUUAGGUUUUGAUAGCUGUGUUGUAGAUGUAUAAAUGUCUCACUUUGGAUUUGAUUAUUACCCCAUUAAGUUACUCAGGCGUUUAAGUCUAGUCAGAUACUCCACAAGGGCACUGAGAUUUUGAUUGUGUCAGGAUUUGAGGACUUAGCUGAGUGUGAAGCACCUGAAUAAGCAGGUGCAUCAAUUCCAUCCUGUUUCUGUGUGUAUCGGUAUGCCUUGUGCUGUGCCCUUGGUACCACAGGACCUCUAAUGCAUCUGCCUGAGGUACCCUUUGCUGCAACAACUUUUAAUGGGCUAGUCCCAGCAUGCUGAAAAUUCCUGCUGGCAGGUUGUUGUCACUGAGCUGACAAGAAAAUGUUUUGGUAUCAUCACCAAAAAGUGGUGCAAUGUUUCCCUAGUAAAUUAAUGGAAAAGAUGAGUCAAGGAAUUAUAUGUGAAGACCUUAAUGUUGUACUGCAAGUAAUAAGGGGAAAUAAAUGUAAAAGAUAAGUUGAAAGUGUAUUAAUGCUAGCUUUUAAGUCACAAAGAGAAGUUCUUAGUUCUGCUUUGCUCUAAGGUGUCAAAGCAGCUGAAAUUAUUUCAAUCCUUUUAUUUGGGUUUCUUUUUUUUCUCCUCAAGGUUAAAUAGUAGUAUCCAUAUUACACACUUCCAAAAUUCCUGUUAAGGUUUUCCAACUAUCUAGUGAAUUCUUGUCAUAGUAUUUUAAUGUUUCAAGCCUUGGUUCGGUGUUCUAAAAAGUUGCUUUCCUUUAAUCUUGAAAUAGGCUGAAGUUCACUCAGUUAGCCAGUCACAUCCAUUUUAUCCAUGGGAAUCUCUGACCAGAGGCAGAAAGCAGGAGCUUGGACUGCCCCUAAAUUCACACACAGGGUAGCCACUCACCCAUUUUCCUGCUCAACCAUACCUUGUGCAUCCAGGAUCCUCUAUGCCUGUGGAAACUGUUAGCUGCCCAGGCAGGAUGUGUUUGUAGCCCUUUCCAUUGAUACAGCAUUGCUAAGGGGUGGCAAAGGCUGGAGUCAGAUGGUGUGUCUCAGAUGUUUUCACAAAAAUACUUCAGUGUCGUGGUUUAAGCCCAGCCAGCAACUAAGCACCAUGCAGCCGCUCGCUCACUCCCCUCCACCCAGUGGGAUGGGGGAGAGAAUCGGAAGGAAAAAGGUAAAACUUGUGGGUUGAGAUAAGAACAGUUUAAUAGAACGGAAAGGAAGAAAAUAAUAAUGAUAAUAAUAACAAUAAUGACAACACUAAUAAAGGAAUUGGAAUAUACAAAACAAGUGAUGCACAAUGCAAUUGCUCACCACUAGCCAACCGAUGCCCACUUAGUUUCAGAGCAGUGAUCCCUCCCAGCCCCACUCCCCCCAGUUUAUAUACUGACGUCACAUGGUAUGGAAUACCCCUUUGGCCAGUUUUGGUCAGCUGCCCUGGCUGUGUCCCCUCCCAAAUUCUUGUGCGCCUCCAGCCUUCUUGCUGGCUGGACAUGAGAAGCUGAAUAAUCCUUGACUUAAUAUAAACACUGCUUAGCAACAACUGAAAACAUCAGUGUGUUAUCAACAUUCUUCUCAUACCAAAUCCAAGACAUAACACUAUACCAGCUACUAGAAAGAAAAUUAACUCUAUCCCAGCCAAAACCAGGACAAUCAGCAGAAGCAAGAGCUUGACAGAGUGCAGCACUUCAUCCAACCUGCUGCUGCUUGAGCAGCCAGUGGUUAUUCAGUUGUUCAAUGCAACUGUUUUAGUCAGAGGAGAGUACAUGUUCCUGUUGUAAUGGCUCUUAAGCUCAUUAUUUCUUGAAUUAACUCACUCAGUCGAGUGACGUCAGUACUUGAUGUCACUGAAUAUUAAACUCUCAAUUGCAUGACUGAUAAUCAGUUUUGAUUUUAUUUCUAGUGCCGAAGCUAAUGCUUCUGCCCCAUAAAUUUACUAAUGGCUGUUCUCGCCAAUGUUUGCAAUUUUUGCCAUAAUAUCGAUGUACUGCUGGUUUUGGCUUUAAGGCAUCGUAGGUGGCAAUCCUAAUAAUCAGUGCAGAAGGGAAGUGCAAAAAGGCUAACAAAAACAUGAAUGAUCUUUAUGAUUACAGAUUUUAUAUAUCAUGCAUGAUGCGUAUUGUAUUCUGUAUAUGUAACGUAUUAACAAUGUUAUAUAAUAAUUUUAUAAAUGUAUUAUAUAUUUAUACAUGUAGACUUACAUAUAUAUGCACACACUGUAUUACAAUAUCAUAUCUUUCAAUUAAGGAUAGGCCUGUAUUUCCUCUGCAGUUUGUAUAGGCUAAGUACCCAGAUGUGGUUAAAAAAAUGCAUAUUUUUCAUUGUAGAAUGGUGUUUGAUAUAUUUAAAUGGCUGCCUAUUAAAAUUACUUUGAGUUUGCAUUUGAAACAGCACACAGGCAAAAAUCUGAAAAUACUACCUUGAAAGUAUUUUCCCUUUAAGGUGAAUAUCCUGUAUUUUCUCAGCUUCAGCAGCAUAGUCUUCUGUAAUUUAGCACUGCUGCCAUCAGGUGAGUGGAUUCUUGGCCCAUCUUUCAGCUGAUUGUACAAUGUGCUCCUCAUCCUCAUUGAGAGCUUUUGUGAAAGGUACAGUGAACUGCUUAUUCAAUGAGGUCACUGGUCUCUUUGUAAGAGAAAUGGAAUUUUCCUGCAAGUUCAAACACUGUCUACUGAAUAGAGUAAUAUUCUCAGCAAGCAGUGUUUACUAGCUACGUAAAAGCAUUUUGUUAAUCUUGUGACAGUUACGUGACCUACAAUUACUUAGCUACCUAUAUAACAUUAGGAAAAUGUAUUGGAUUAAUUUUGUACAGUAAAACUGUGUGUGGGUAAAGGUGGUACUUCAGUUGUGUACACGCUUAUACCAUAAUUAAAAUUCUCAUGUGAGUGAAAACAGUGUAUUACAAAGAGACUGAUCUUUCUGAUAUCAUUGUUUCUGCCUAAUUGCUUGUUAGGAUCUUUAGAUGAUUGGCCAUGUUAAUUUAGAAUGUUUUCCCUAAAGUGCAGUAGGUUAUUUAUUUGCAUUUAAACUGGGGCAGGCAGGCAGCUCCUACUUGCAGAAAUCAUUGUUAUCUUUCCAUUACCUUUCAGGACAAAAAGAAUAGCAAACUGCUCAUGGCGGUGGAGCACACUGGUUUCAGUUGGCUUGAGUAAAGUCAGAUAAGCUGGCCGUAGAGCUAUGUAACAUUGGUCAUGUAAAUGCCUUUAAGUAAUCAGAAAAUAAAUUUAUCUUCUGAGAUGACUCAUCACUUAAAAGAGGGAAGAAAGUAAUGUCAGCUGAAGGCAGUAAUUUUUCCCAGAGUAAAGGGCUGCUGAAAUAGUGAAGAAACCUUGUAUGUGCCAGCAAUUUUAAAAUAUAUCUGAUUAAUUUAUAAAAGUCAAUUAGGGGACUUCUGAAACAGCGUGAUAGAAUUAUUAUGGGGUUUGGUUUUGGUUUUUGGCACGACAGCAGUUUGAGUGCAGCACUGAUUGAGUUGUUGAGUUUGUAUAAACAGGCUUUUAAAGGGAAAUAAAAAUGCAGUUGCAUUAAAAUUUAAA